CGCUGCCACGCACAGGCAUGGGCCCGCCCAGCUAGCGCCAGCGCCAUGCAGCCCAGCCCGCUCGUCUUCACCGUGCUGCUCGGCACCAUCUUCGGGGUGCUGUCGGCGUCGCUGAGCAAGGCGCUGCGCUACCAGGCGCCCGACGAGUGCAAGUGGGUGGUGCUGGACGACGGCGAGGAUGUGGCGCUCGACUGCCGACUGCGCACCAUCAACAGCGAGCUCGAGAACACCAACUUCAGCGUGAUCCAGCCGCAGCACACGGUGCGCCUGCGCCUCGAGUGCUCCGACGUGCUCUUCUUCCAGAGCUCGCUCAGCACGGGCAGCUUCCGGCCGCUGCAGGAGCUGCGCGAGCUCGUCAUCGAGUUCUGCAAGAUAGGCAACCUGUCGGCGGGCGCCUUCCGCGGCCUGCGCCAGCUGCGCAACCUGACGCUGCGCACGCACAACACCGACUGGGCCGCGAUGACGCUCGACGUCGACCGCGACGCCUUCAGCUCGGAACUGGGCCUGCUCGAGCGCCUCGACCUGGCCGAGAACAACAUGUGGAGCCUGCCCGUCGGCGUCUUCUGUUCGUUGCACAGCCUCGAGGUGCUCAACCUGACGCGCAACAGGCUGCGCGACGUCGCGAGGUUCCAGUUCGGUCUGGGCGCCGCCUCCGGGCCCGGGCCGGCCGAGCGCUGCGGCGGAAACCUGCGGGAGCUCGACUUGUCCAACAACAGCGUGGACGCCCUGCCCGCGUCCGCGCUCUCCGGCCUGUCGCGCCUGCAGACGCUCAACCUGCAGGGAAACGCCAUCUCCUUCCUGGCCGACCGCGCUCUCGAGGGCCUGUCCUCGCUGUCGGUGCUGCACCUCGCCGACAACCGGCUCGUCAGCCUGCCGCCGGAGCUGUUCGCCGACACGCGAGACAUCAAGGAGGUGUACCUGCGCAACAACUCCGUCAACGUGCUCGCCCCCGGGCUCUUCAACGACCUGUCGCAGCUGCUGGUCCUCGACCUAUCGCACAACGAGCUCACCGCCGAAUGGGUCAAUUCUGCCACGUUCUCCGGCCUGGUACGCCUCGUCAUUCUCAACCUCUCCCACAACCGCAUCGCCAAGCUCGAGACCGCCGUGUUCCGUGAUCUCUACUCACUGCAGAUCCUCAGACUGGAAGAAAAUGUCAUCGAAAACAUCCCUGAAAAUACCUUCGCGUCGCUGUACAACCUCCAUACGUUAUUUCUAUCUGGAAACAGACUCGUCAGUAUCGAAAGCUACACUUUCAACGGCCUGUACGUCCUCAGCUUGCUAUCCCUCGACAAUAAUUUGAUCAGCAACAUCCAUCCGGCAGCUCUGAAGAACAGCUCCAGCCUACAGGACUUACAUCUCAACGGGAAUAGCCUUGUUGCAGUGCCCUCGGUGUUGUUAGACGUUCCUAUGCUCAGGACUCUCGACCUUGGCGAAAAUCACAUAUCGGAGAUAGCAAAUUCGAGUUUCAGUGAUAUGCAGCACCUGUACGGCCUGCGUUUGACGGACAAUAACAUCGGAAACAUAACUAAGGGCACUUUCGAUAGAAUGUCGGCGCUCAAAAUACUGAAUCUGUCGAGGAACAAAAUUUAUGGUAUCGAAUCCGGUGCUUUUGACAACAACAAGAAUUUGCAGGCUGUUAGACUCGAUGGAAACUAUUUGACAAACAUAGACGGUCUUUUCAACAAGUUGGAACGCCUCAUCUGGUUAAAUAUUUCGGACAAUAAGCUGGAAUGGUUCGAUUAUGCUCUGAUUCCCACCGGACUCCAGUGGCUCGACAUUCACGCUAAUCAGAUAACCGAGCUCGGCAACUAUCUCGAAAUUGAAAGUCAACUUCAUCUUAGCACUUUUGAUGCGAGUUCAAAUAAAUUGACAGAAGUAACCGGCAGUUCUAUUCCUGACAGUGUGGAACUUCUUUAUCUGAAUGACAAUUUGAUAACCAAAGUUCAGUCCUACACGUUCUUCAAAAAGCCUAAUUUGACACGCGUCGACCUCUUCGGCAACAAAAUUACCAACCUCAAUCCGAACUCACUUCGUAUUUCGACGGUGCCGAAUUCUCGUCCGCUACCAGAGUUCUACAUUAGUGGGAAUCCGUAUCUGUGUGACUGCACAAUGGACUGGCUGCAAAGAAUAAAUGUGGAUAACCGUGGCACACGUAACCAGCCUCGCGUGAUGGAUCUACACAGUAUUCACUGUAAGCUUCUCUACAGCCGUGGCCGGACGUACAUGCCGCUAACGGAAGCCUCUCCAAAGCAGUUUCUCUGCAAAUAUGAGUUCCACUGUUUCGCCCUUUGCCACUGCUGUGAUUUCGACGCCUGCGACUGCAAAAUGACGUGUCCGACUAAUUGCACCUGUUAUCACGAUCAGUCCUGGACAGCGAAUGCCGUUAACUGUGCUAGCUCCGGCUACGAUGGGCAGCUUCCUGAACAAAUACCGAUGGAUGCCACGCAGCUCUACUUGGAUGGCAACGAUUUCAGGAGCCUCGGAAGUCACGCCUUCAUUGGACGUAAGAGACUGAAGAUUCUGUUCCUGAAUGCUUCCGGUGUUGAAAUUAUCCAUAAUCGAACAUUCAACGGUUUGAAAGAGCUGGAGUUACUUCACCUGGAAGAUAACAGACUGCGCGAGCUCAGAGGAUACGAAUUUGAUGGCCUGGAGAGCCUGAAAGAGUUGUAUCUCCACCGGAACUUUAUAACUUCGAUCCAUAACAGCACGUUCUCACCAUUGCGGCAGUUGAAAGUUCUGAAAUUAGACAACAACCGGAUAAGCCACUACGCGGUGUGGACGCUGCCCGCUUCCCUGACAGAACUCACGCUAUCUAACAACAGCUGGCAGUGUGACUGUGAUUACGCGGAGAGCUUCAAGGACUAUCUGCUAAAGACUGAGACGAUAGUGUCGGACGCGAGCAGGGUGCAGUGCUUCCGGCGGUCUGGUGCUGCCAAUGACACGCAAGAUUUCUCCGACGACGCCGACUACAUCGGAUUUGCGCCAGACUCCGACGGCUAUUACAUCCUCAGCAACAGCUCGCUGCCUUGUUUCGGUGCGGUGGACGCUAACGAGACAACAGCCGCCAAUAUUACGGCAACGAAAACUGUUAUUCAGAAGCAGGCCAUCCAGGACUAUAUCCCGCAACUGGUGGCCGCUCUGUGCGUUCUGUUAGUGCUGGUACUGACUGUGUUACUCAUCUUCAUUUUCCGUCAAGAGAUGCGCGUGUGGUUCCACUCUCGGUUCGGCAUCCGACUCUUCUAUAGGCAUUCCGAUAUCGACCACGAGGACCGCGACAAACUGUUCGACGCCUUCGUCAGUUACAGCUCGAAGGACGAGGCAUUCGUCGCUGAGGAACUCGCGCCUAUCCUGGAGCACGGAGACCCGCCGUAUAAGUUGUGCUUGCACUACAGAGACUUCCCUGUAGGCGCGUACAUCGGGGAGACGAUAGUGCAGGCAGUCGAAUCGUCGCGGCGAACCAUCAUGGUGCUGUCGGACAACUUCAUCCGGUCGGAGUGGUGCCGUUUCGAGUUCAAGUCGGCGCACCACCAAGUGUUGCGCGACAGGCGCCGCCGGCUGAUAGUGGUGCUGCUUGGGGAGGUCCCUCAGAAGGACCUGGACCCCGACAUUCGUCUCUACCUCAAGACGAACACGUACUUGCAGUGGGGCGACAAGUUCUUCUGGGAGAAGCUGCGCUUCGCGCUGCCUGACGUUCCUAACAACCAGCGGCGGAGGACGACGUCGGUGCCUCUGCAGCCGCAGCCGUCGACGCGCGGCACCAACAACCACGUGCACGCCAUGCACCGGCACAACAACCAGGCGCCGCCCAACAACGCCAACGCCCGCUCCGUCGCCAUACACAUCUGACGGCCUCGACUGCAAUCGUGUACAUAGUUCGGUACGACCCGCAGAAGACUGCACUUUCUAGUUAACCAGCCGCCAGCCGCUCGUGCUGCGGUCUGUUUUUCGGUUGUGAUAGCGUGUUCGGAGUACAGACGAGACGAUCGCAUCCGAGUGAACGCGAGUACAGUAUUGGUACGCGGUACAAGUAGCUACCCAUCAACAGUGUAAGAUAAAAAUCGACUUCUGAGAACGGAAAUAGUGGCGGAUAAACGUGGUUCGAAUGUGUUGACCAAAUCAGUAAUUUAUUAUAUUUUUUAAAGUGAUUUGUUAUGUAUACACAUAUAUAAAUCUGUUAUAUAAUGAUAUGUAAUUCUCGUGAUUAUGGUGCUAUACGACUUCAAGCUUUCAACGGUCGCCUGUCAUCUCUAUGUCUUUUGGAACGAGAUGAAAGGAAGAAAAAGAAGAUGUAAAGAGGCGCUGCACGAUUAUUCAUUGCAACAGUGUACCAGUUUCUGUCAACAAGUUCCUGCAGGACAUUCCAGAAUUCCGAAAUCCAGCUUUCCAAAAGAGUCAAGAUACCUAUUACUGCCUACUUAGUAAGUACCAGGUAACGACAGGAACGGCAAGACCAAAGAAAUUCAGUCUCACACAUUUUCAGUUGAUCAUUGUAAGAAACUGUUGCAAAUGAAAUAAAGAGAUACUAAUCUUACUCGUGUUCUAUGUACCUUUUCCUACACACUGCAUGCAGACUUGCGAAACACAAUACACGUUUUUCAGAGCAUUUGGGCAUCCCCAAAAAGCCAAUCAUAGUACCUAUACAGUACUAUUAUUAAGACACACUCAACUACAUAUAUUUAAUUAAUUGCCCUAGCUCAUUUGGGAAAGUGGGCUAGGAUAACUGCAGUAUCCUGUUUUAAGGAGCCACCCUGACACUCGCCCAUGCGGUGAAAUAACUUAAGAUCCUCUGUUUACAUUUCAAACUAGUUUCUGUCAGUGACCACAAAACUCUCACAUGUUACUACAGAAGCUGACUGAACAGUUAUUCUCUUUAUUCCUCACAUUUUCUUACCAAAUCACACUCGUAGAUGUGACAACACACUGCUGGUGUUUUGAUUUAGUCUAAUUGUGAAGGAUUGCUCUUUGAAGUUGAUCCUCGAAGCUGGUUGCAGAAUAAUGGUAGAAGAAAUCACAUGUGAUCUUCUUGAAGGAACAUUUUAAAAUUUUGCUGGAUAUAUAGAAUUGCUCAACAACUGAGUACGCGUCUCAUCACGAAAAAUGCUUAUGAGUAAUUAUUACACGUAUGUUCAUGUAUGUACGUUUAUUUAUCUAUUUAUU